CAGCGCCGCGCGAUGGAUUCUGAGCUGGCGGAGGUCCGCACCUUGGAAGCCGAGAGCGCGGCCUUGAGGUCGGCGUGCAAGGAGCCGCCGGCGCUCGGGGGAGACGCCGCCUGUGUCCAAAAAUCAUUUCAAGAAAUAUACCAAUCAGAUUCUGAAGGAUGGGAAUCAUCAAAAGAUCUGAGAAGUAAUCUUGGACAUCUAGAAUCAGAACUUCUAUUUCUAAGUACGCUUACUGGCAUCAGUAUAAGAAAUUACUCCAGGAAGACAGAGAACCUAACAGGCCCUGAGAUGACAGAAAAGAGUAUAAAGAAAGUUCUACAGAAACACAGAUUAUCAGGAACUUGCCGCAUGAUUAUGUUUCAACUUGAAUUUCAAAUUCUGGAAGUCCAGAAUAAGGAGAAUUUAUCUUCUGCUAUUACUGACCUCAACAUAAUAAUGGAGCCCACUGCAUAUUCAGAAUUAAGUGAAUUUGUCUCUAGAGCAGAAGAAAGAAGAGAUGUGUUUUUGUUUUUCCGAAGUCUACACUUUUUUGUGGAGUGGUGUGAAUAUCGGAACCGCACAUUUAAACAUUUCAAGGACAGAAAUGACAACUGGAAGAGACCCAAAGAGAGACAGCGAAGUCAUCGAGAUGGUCCCGGGGCUUCCAGGUGGAAAAGAACAAGCCUUCACCCUGGAUGGCAGUGGCAGAGAGGAGAUGUUCAUGGGUUUACUUACUUAUUGUCUGUCUUUUCCUCUAGAUUGUAUGCUUUAGGGGCUCAGUCAUGCUGUCUUUUGUGUUUUUAAUUUUUUGUUGAAAUACAUACAUACAGAAAAGGGCACACAUAAAUAUACAGUUGGAUAAUUUUUCACAAAAUGAAUUUGUAGAACCACCAGCCAGACAAGGAAGCAGAACUUGAGUGGUCCCCAAGAGCCCCUGUGCCCUCUUCAGUCAUUUCCCCACAGGGCCAGAGCCGCCCGCCUGCCCUAGAACUUCACGGGACAGUAUGGGGUCGGCACCUUUGGCUCCACACUGGGCCCGUGAGUUCCAUCUCCAUGAACUGUUGCUGGUGAUCACUCAGCUUCCGUCGUGUGGAUGGGCCACAACCAUUUACCUGGCACUCUGUUCCUGGGCCUCCUGGGUUCUGGCGACUGGAAAUUGCGCUGGGGGUACUUGUCUUGCGGUGACACAUGUACAUAUUUAUGUUGGGUGGAAUUGCUGAUUCUCAGGGUAAACGUAUAUUCAGCUUCAGGAGGUGUUGCCAAACAGUUUUGCAGAGUAGCUGUACCCAUUUACACUCUCUCUUAGCAGUGUGUGAGGGUCCCAUUGCUCACACUGGCUGUGUUGUUGUAUUCCAUUAUGGCUUUUAUUUGCAUUUCCCUGAUGAUGGGUGUUACUUUGUUCAUAAAGCUGUACCGAGCAUUUAACAAACUGCCUGGAGUUUUCAUUAGAGUUCUUUCAACACAAGUGACAGAGAAUGGGACAGAAACCCAGCUCACGGUGGCUCAGAAAAGAAGGAACAUGACAAAAUGGCCAGUGGCUGUCUGGAAUAUUACUUCCCUUAUCUGCUUGUGUUUUAUU